ACCAUCAAGUUUAACAUUCAGUAGAGCCGUCACGAUGAGGACGCUCGUCGCCCUUACCUUGUUGGGAUGUUUGUUUGUUUUUUGUUUGGGUCGAGAGAUCGGACAAAAAGAAAAUGAUUUAGAGACAGCAGCAAGCCAUCAUAAAGGGCAUCAUCACGAGGAAGGCGGUGGAAAAGAGCAUCACGCUCACCAUCACCACGAACAUGGAGAAAAAGGACAUAAAGGGCAUAAAGGCCACCACCACCAUCAUAAGGGCGAACAUGGGGAUCAUCAUAAACAUCAUCAUUCUGGUCAUCAUCACGAACAUGGUGGUGGACACAAGAAGCAUUGGGAUGAAGAUGAUCAUCAUGGACACCAUCAUGAACAUGGCCAUCAUCAUAAAGGAGGCAAACACCAUCAUAAGAAGCAUCACGAUAAAGGUGAAGAAACUGAGGGUUACCAUAAGAAAUACCAUAAAGACGAGUAUCAUAAAGACCAUCACUUUUACGAUGAUCAUCACAAGGAAGGCAAACAUCACAAACACGGCAAACAUCACGGACACCAUGAAGACCACGGUGGUCACCACAAAAAAGGGGGACAUCACGAUUCGGGACACCACGAACAUCACUAUGGCAAGAAAGGCCACCAUGAUAAACAUCAUUAUGAUGAAGACCAUAAGGGACAUAAAGGUCACCACGGACAUGAAGAACAUCAUCACCAUCAUCACGACCAUGGAAAGAAAGGCGGUCACGAAGACCACAAACACUGGGGAUUCCAUCAUGGAAAGCACUGAUAACAUUAAUUUAAUCAUAUAUUUUUCUUAUGUUGUAUACUUCACAUAUAUUGUA